CGGAUCGGUUCGAUAAGCCUCCUCGAACAAUCAACACUUCACGAGUCCUUUCUCUGUCCAUCAGAUACCCGACCCGCAGCUCAAUUGCCAGACAAAGAAUAGAGAACGAGCGCAGGCACGAUGAACGCACAAAUUCGUCAAUUGCUGAGACACUACUCGGAGGUGUACACGGUCUUCCUGCCGCUGUUUGGAAUCUUCACCAUCAUCUACAUCUGCAUCCACGUCUUCGCCGGCUCCGACAGUGGCUACGUGCCCGGCUCGCCUGGCGCGCUUCCUGAUGUUGGCGACGCGGACAGUACGCUUGAGUACCUGCACAAGUCGCUCAUCUCGAUCCCGUCAAUCACAAAGGACGAGCACGCGGCGUCGAUGUUCCUGCAGAGCUACCUCACUUCCACCGGCUGGACGGUCGAGGUGCAAGAGGUCUCGGGCACGCCGCUGCGCGAAAACAUCUACGCCUACCGUGGCUCCGCCCGCCAGACCAAAGUCCUGCUGACGUCCCACGUCGACACCGUGCCUCCCUACAUCCCGUACUCGGUCCACGACGGUCUCAUCUGGGGCCGCGGCUCCGUCGACGCCAAGGCCUCUAUCGCCGCGCAAAUCACGGCCGCGCAGAGUCUUCUGUCCGAAGGCCUGGUCGAGGAGGAAGGCGACAUCUCGCUGCUUUUUGUCGUCGGUGAGGAAGCUGACGGCAUUGGCAUGAUCACCGCCAACGAACUCGGCGUCACCUGGGAAUCCGCCAUCUUUGGCGAGCCGACCGAGCUCAAGCUCGCAAAGGGCCACAAGGGCAUGCUCAUGGCCGACCUGUACUCCAAGGGCCUCGCUUCGCACUCUGGCUACCCCGAGCUCGGCAUCAACGCAAACUACUUUCUAAUCGAAGCCCUCUACGCUCUCCAGCACACCGACUUCCCGGCCUCAGACCUCCUCGGCAACACGACCUUCAACGCCGGCAAAAUCAGCGGCGGCGUCGCGCCAAACGUCAUCGCCGCCAACGCAACCGCCGCGCUCCUCCUCCGCGUCGCCGCAGACAUGGACGUCGUCAUCACGAAACUCCGCGCGGCAGUCGACGCAGUAGAGCACCUCGAGCUCGACAUCACGCUCACGUACGACCCCGUCGUUUGCGACUACGCCGUGCCGGGAUUCGAUACCACCGUCGCGGCGUAUGGAACUGAUAUCCCGCACCUGAGAGGCGAUCACAAGAAAUACCUCUACGGCCCGGGCUCGAUUCUCUACGCGCACGCGGACAACGAACGGGUCGGCCUCGACGAGCUCAAGGACAGUGUUGUCGGAUUCAAAAAGUUGGUCACGUACUCGCUCGGUGCGGAGGAGGACAGCGCAGAGAGCGAGAGCGAGAGCGCGGAGAAGCCGAAGCUUGUCCAGCAGUAGUUUUGUGAUUUGUUUUGUUUUGUAAAAUAUUAUAGACAUUCCUGUCUUGUUUUGUUUUGUCUUGUGAAUAAAUAGAAAUUGGAAAUUAAGAAAUUAUAUAUAUUUAGUUAAACUAGUCUCAACCUACAGUACAUUAGUGAACCAGCACCUGAAUCUACUAUAGACGAAACUAAUUCAUUUUUCAUAUCAAGGCAGAAAGUAAAGAGUAAGUCAAACCCACUGAUAGUAUCAAGCGAGUGAACCAAAAAGUAGUCAUGAAGCUGCAACUCGAACUAAUCAAGUCACAGACACGACCUAGAUUCUACGACUAACUUAGAGAGAGACGGCA